GAUCAGUUCUUCUAAAUUAAAAAGUACUAUCGAUUGUUUUGUAGUUCGUUCACCGCACCUUUAGAAGAAAGCUGUUCUCGUAUGGGUAUGCAGAAAAUUCUCCCGUAGGGAACGAAAGAGUGCACUCAGCCGUGAGUUUCGGCAUUAAGAUUAUCACUAUGCCGGACAAUCCAGCCGACGAGGCAGCGGGUAGAGCGCGCGGGGCGGCCGCGUCUUCGACCGCGGCCGGCGGGCAAGUCGCAUUAAUUCACUUGUUGCUGAUGCGACUCCUCCGGCCGCCGCUCCGAAGCACAAGAGCCCCGGGGCCGGAUUCUUCGACCCCGAGACGAAGCGCCGCAGACAUGGCCAUGCCGGCGGAUGUGUAUCAUGCAUGGACACGGGCGGCCAGGCCCGCGCGCACUGUGGGCGCGUGCGCGAUCACGAUCAGCAUUUUCGCGAAACACCGAAGCGGCGGAGCAACUGUGGAGCAAGGCGAACAAACUGCGUUACCCGGCGCGGAUGGGCCCGAGUGCAUGAGCCCAGCACACCAAACCCCGGCCGGGGUGAACAAGCCCGCUCCAGGAAGUGUGGCGCCCCGGUCCCCCCCGCGCCGCGUGCUUUCUUCGUGUGCGCCGCGGCGCUGCGCCGGGCGGGCGGGUCGUUUUCUCUCAUAUGCUAGAUCGAUUGGGCAGGGCGCGCGCGGGUGGUCAUUGCGACGCAAUCUGCCGGCCCCCUUCGGCGCCAAGCGGCGCCCUUUCGCGCGGAGAAGCCCUCGCGGGCGCCAGCCCCUUACGGCGCUGUGCGGGCCUAGCAAGCCGCGUCGGCAGGCCGGCGCGGCCGCGCGCGCCCGCGUCUCACUCUAUUUCGUGGGCCCUCGUCGCCGUUGUUUUCAUUUA